AUGAGCUUUCGCUUGCCUCUCCAGGGAGACAAAUUCGUCACCAUCAUCAGCGUCUACGUCGCAACAAUGACAGGCUCUGACAAGGCGGAGACAAAGUUCUACGAAGAUCUGCACGUCCUCCUGGCGUCUGUGUCAAAGGCAGAUAAGUUGAUUGUCUUUGGUGACUUCAACGCCCGCGUCGGCACAGACCAUGCUGCCUUGUGAGGACCGCUGGGCCCCCAUGUUCUCGGCGGCUCCAACGACAAUGGCUUGCUCCUUCUCCGCACCUGAGCAGAACAACGCCUCAUCCUGACGAAAGCCUUCUUCUGCCUGCCGAUGCGGAAGAAGGCUUCCUGGAUGCAUCUUCGGUCGCGAAAAUGGCACCUGCUGGACUAUGUCUUCGUCCAGAGGCGAAACCAGCGGGAUAUGCUGGUGACAAAGGCGAUCCCGCGUGCCGACGGGUAGACCGAUCAUCGUCUCGUCAUCUCGAUUUUGCGGAUUCGCCUACAGUUUCGCAGAAGGCAUCAAGGCAGACGACCCCUAGGUAAGCUGAAUAUUGCUUUGUUGUCCUUGCCUUCUCACCAUCUCCACUUCAGCAAUGAACUAGCUCAACGGCUAGCCAGCUCUCCAGUCGCCGCCGCCAUCACUGACGAAAAAGCCUCCGUGGAGAACCGAUAG